AUGUCCUCUAAUAUUGAUGUUGUGGAUGAUGUUCAAUCUAAUGGUAAAACAUUGUCACCGCCAUCUUCUGAUGAUGAAGUCGCCAAAAAGAACCUAUGUAACGAUGUUCGUUAUGUGGUUUGUAAUGGGGAUUUGGGGAAUUUACGUAGAUUGGUGGAGCAAGAAGGUUAUCUACUUACCGAGCCUGAUUGUUCUGGUUACUAUGCGCUUCAGUGGGCGGCUUUGAAUAACCAGUCUGUUGUUGCUCAAUACAUUAUUGACCAUGGUGGAGAUAUAAAUGCAAGAGAUCAUUUUGGCCAAACAGCAUUGCAUUGGAGUGCAGUUCAUGGUUGUAUUGAGGUUGCAGAGCUUUUACUUCAAAAGGGUGCUCAAUUAAAUUUACCUGACACAUGUGGGUUUCAAAUAACACAUGUUGCUACUCAAUACGGUCAAACACAUUUCCUUUAUCAUAUUGUUUCAAAAUGGAAUGCUCAAACUGAUGUUCCUGAUAAUGAUGGAAGAACCCCUUUGCAUUGGGCUGCUUUCAAAGGUUUCAUUGAUUGUGUACAUCUUCUGUUAUUUCUAGAUGCACAUCGUCAACGUCAAGAUAAAGAAGGUCGCACUCCUCUACAUUUGGCUGCUAGUAAUGGUAAAUGUGAGUCUUGUGUUGCGUUAGUAAAGCACGGAGGAAAUAAUAAAGAUAUGGAAUUGAUUGACAAUGACGGUCUUAACCCAAUGCAACUUGCUUAUACUAUGAAUCACAAACACACUGCUUCUUUACUUGAAACUUUCUUAAGAAUUGAAAAACAAUUUAAGGACUCUGACCGCCUUUGGGAAAAGAAAACAAAAGAAGGUGUUGGGUGCUUAAACUUUGUGUUACUCGCCACAUAUAUCCACUUUGUUAUCUUGGCAAAAAGAAUGCCAAGACUGAUGGGUGCAACUAGAUAUUUUGCAUGGUCUGGAGUACUACUUAAUAUUGCUGGAUUUAUGAUGUUAUAUAGAUGUAGAAUAAAGGAUCCUGGUUAUAUCAAAAAAAAUAUUGGGCAUGGUAUUCAUAAUAUGAAAGACAGUGAGUCUUUUUUGCUAGCUGGAAAUUGGCCUCAACUUUGUUCAACGUGCAAGAUUGUGAGGCCUCUUCGUGCAAAACAUUGUCCUCGUUGUAAUCUGUGUGUGGAGGAAUUUGAUCAUCAUUGUAUUUUCGUAUCCACUUGCAUUGGAAAGAAGAACUUACGUGAAUUUUUUGCUUUUCUUGUUCUUGAAGUUUCAUCAAUCUUGGUUACUGGUGGAGUUUGUCUUACAAGACUACGAACUCAUCCACUUGCUCCUUCUUCAUUCUGGUCAUGGAUUAAAUAUGUUGGUAAAAAUCACAUUGGUGCCGUUUCAUUUCUAGUUGCUAGUUUUUUCAUCUUCUUACCAAUCUGGACUAUCACAGUUAAGCUUAUCAGUCAGAUAUCAAGCAAUAUUACAACAAAUGAACGGUUAAAUAGAGAGCGAUAUAGCUACCUUAAAGGUCCAAAUGGUGAGUUCAGAAACUUGUUUGAUCAUGGUAUUAAGAAGAAUUGUUCCAAUUUCUUGAUUAAUGGGUAUAAUGGAGACUUGGAGUAUGUUGAAGAAAAAAAUGGAGAUUCUAAAUCUAAUCAUGUAUGAGGAAACGAAUAAUUAGACAGUGAUUUUGUUGGUUAACAA